UUCAAAGUUCAAGCAUAAGUGUAACCCACCCAUUCUGAGGUGCUACAUUUGAAAUAUGCAUUUUUGGCAGAGGAGAAUUUAUGUAUGCCUUUUAUUUCACCACUCAAUAUUAAGAUGAUAUGAUAUUAGAUAUCACUAUGUCUAAUGUUUACUUGAUACAUUGAACUAUACCAUUAUCUUCAAACAUACUUCUUUGUCUAUAAGAAAUCCUACGUAGAUACUUUGCUAAAAGGAUUUGUCUGUUGGGCAUAUACCCCAUCGCCUACGCGCGUACAAAAACUAGUCUCUCCAUAAAAGAGAAUGAAUUGUAUUGUUGCUUGGUUUUUAUUGAAUUUUGAGAAGUCCCAUUUCUGAUCAUUUUCUUAUUUUACUUUUCAUGGCAAGCCCCCCAUCAUAUAGUGGUCAUCCCAGUUGAGCGGAAGAGAGAUCGGUGGCCAUCAACCUGAUCCUUCCAGCGGUUCGUCUCUGUCAGCCAGUAUCUCGGAAGUAGCAAGUUCCGUGCAGAUCUUUCACAAAUGAAAACGAUAGCGGAGCCAGUGACUUGAGGAUUUUGGGGCAACCAUGAAGGGGGCGGGGAUGGAAAGCGGCAUCCCUUUCCUUCCAGAAGAAAUCAUCACCGACAUUCUCAAGCGGCUUUCUGUGAAAUCCCUUCACCGAUGUCAAAGUGUGUGCCAUCUAUGGAGGAAUCUCAUCAAAGUCCCUUCCUUCAUCAUCGACCACCUCAACCGCUCCAAUCAGCAAAUCCCAUCUUUGAUUACUCGCUUCAGAGGUACCUCGAAGUUGAACUCUCUCGAUCUGGACAUGGUACUCCACGAGGUUCAGGACGGACCUCCGAUCUAUAUCAUUGGGGCCUCCAAGAUUGUCUGCUCCUGCAACGGCUUGCUCUGUGUCGAAAUCCGCCUGAGUCGUCCACCCAUCCCUCCUACGCUUUCAAUUUGGAAUCCGGCGAUUGGAGAGUAUAUGCAGGUUCCUACAAUUAGAAGAGUCAAUGCUGAUGUUUCAAAUUAUCAUUUGAGUUUUGGAUUCCGUCCAUUUGUUAAUGUUUACAAGAUAGUGUUAAUCUGUGAAGUUUUGGGUGAGGUGGUUGUUGGAGUUCAAGUUUAUUCAUUAACCACAAAUUCAUGGAAGGACAUUGAAUUUGGCAAUUUAGAGGGCAAAUGCUGGUUCCAUCAGAGCAUCACUGUUAAUGGAUCUGUCUUUUGGUUUAUCCAGGAUGGGAGAAGGAAUGCCAACUGUAUAUGAGAACAAGCUUGCCCUAAUUUAUUCCUAUGAUUCUCGAAUAUCAAAAAAUGCUUGGAUUGAUUUGUGGGUGAUGGAGCAUUGCAUUGGCGCCUCUUGGACUAAGAAGUUUACCUUUGGCCCUUAUCCAAGGAUUAUGCAACCAAUGACACUUUGUAUGAAUCAGUGUUCUUCGCAUUGGUCAGCCUCAAUAUGAAGAAGAGCGUUGCGCUGAUGUUGUUUCGAUUAAUCUCACUUCUAAUGAAUAUAAGGUCAUUGCUGGUAGCAGACUUGCUGAACCUGAUUGGAUUCAAUAUGUUGAAAGCCUUUUGUCCCCGAGCAAUAUCCAACUCGGGAAUCCUUGAUUCUAAUGCGUUGGUACGAGGACUAGAAGACUGUUGAGAUAUUCAGAUUCUGGUGUUCAUGUUUGUUCAUUGUUUAUUCACUAAACAAAUGUCUUAUGAGCGGAGCAUUUUCAAGUGUUGGGGUUUGUUCGUUUAUUGUUCAUGAACAAUCUCCUUUUUUUUUUUUGAAAACAUAAACUAUCUCUCUUAAAUACCGUUUUUUAGCUUUUAAAAAAAGUGGCAGAAUACAAAUUCUAAUAUUAAACUACUAUAAAAAGUAAAGUUUAUUACUAAAUGGAUUAGUAAAUCCAAACUAAUCCAACUACUAAAAGUUGGUUGCCUUUAUAUUUCACAGACCUACCCAUAUAUUUUCCUUUUGUCGACAUGUAUACACAAUGAGUUUGACCAUGUGCUUCAUAGUUCUAAUGAAUUUGUGGUUUAAUUUUUUGAACCAAUUGUAUAGUCAUUUUGAAUCUCAUAGAGGCAUUCCCAUGAUACUUUAAUAUACAGAGUACCUUAUAUGUGUUAGAUAGGGGCAAAGUUCUUAUUCCAAUAGCCAACAUGAAUAUUUACUUUUUAUGUUUAAUUUUAUGGCAUGCCUUGGUUCUUCUCUAACUUGUGAAGUGAUGUUCAAACUUGUCAUGCUCUGUUUUUAUAUUAUCAUAAUGUUGAGCUCAUUACUUUCUGA